CUGCAGAGCAGUGAGAGUCAGGUUUAACAAAGUCAAGUCUUCUGGGGGAAAACUGGCUCUAGAUGGAGAAACGGCGUUCGAAAAUGAGAUUUCUUUGUCAGAACUUUCUUAUCACCUGUCUGUGGCUUCUUCCCUUUGCGGUGCAGGAGACGUCCGAGCCUGUAAGCGUUGGGAGCCAACAGUGGAAGCAGGAGGAGGCAGAGACAGGCGAUGUGAAAGGAGCAGCACUGAAAGGAAAACACAUCUCCAAAGACUUAGAAAUCAUCCCUACCAAACAAAAAACAUCAGUGUAUGGCUCCCAUGGCUGGCCUCAGAACCUUUCACAAGCGACUGAUCAAUAUCUAUACCGCAACCCUCCAAAAGCUAAACCUCCAGCAAAAACACCCCCCAAAGCCAAGAAAAUCCUGGGCUGGGGUGACUUCUACUUCAAUGUGAAAACAGUGAAGUUCAGCCUCCUUGUUACGGGAAAAAUUGUAGACCACAUCAAUGGAACCUUCAGUGUCUACUUCCGUCAUAAUUCCUCUAGUCUGGGGAACAUAUCAGUGAGCAUUGUCCCUCCCUCUAAAGCUGUCGGAUGGGAGCUUCUGGAUGGUGCACCCAUGAGCAGUCAGAGCAAAAGCUCUGUCCCAUUUCCUGAAAUGACAACCCAGUUCCCCAACCAGUCUCAGUCCACCAGGUCUACUUCCACAGAGGAGCAGAAAUUUCAGCAAGACAUGAUGACGGCGACAGAGCUCAACUGCCGUGUGGAGUACCAGAGAACCAACCGGUCCAAGAAGACCAAGCCCUGCUUGUAUGACCCGGGACAGACCUGCUACUCAGAAAACACCCAGUCGCAAGCAGCCUGGAUCUGUGCCAAACCGUUUAAAGUUAUAUGCAUCUUCAUCGCCUUCAAGGGCACGGACUACAGACUGGUGCAGAAAGUUUGUCCAGAUCACAACUUUUAGACUUGUCAGAAUCAAGAUCAACUUGAUUUGUGUUUUAUGAAACUCAAAGUUUUUGCAGUUUCUACACGUUUCAUGAAUGUGAGAUUUUUUUCUAAAUUAAAACCAGAUUGUUUACUUUUGCCACACAACAUUGAGAAACAUUGAUUUUAACAAUUUCAUCAAAACAUUUGAGCUUUAAUUAUGACCCAUCAUCUGAAAAACAGCAGACUUUUAGUGUGUUAAAAUUGGAUAUCAGACGUUUUUCCACCGUUUACACAUAGAAAAUAGUUUUUGUGAUUUUUUUGGAGUGUGACCAUAUAGCACCAAUAUGUGAGUAAGUAAGAAGCGGGGUACAUCUUUCACAGUUUAUCCUGAAGCCAUAAAAGACAAUCAGACGUGCACAACUGACUCUGGAGGACAUAUAUCCCUACUUUGCACUGCAUGUGAGGGUUUGGUCAAAGGAGCCAGUUGGAGCAUUUGGAUUAAGCCCACAAACACAGAGUUUUCUAAAUGUACACAAAAGCCUCAGUCUUUUAACCAGAAGCUUCCUGCUGCUUUCAAACCAAACUACCAAAAAUCUCCAACAUAAAUUAAUUAAAUAAAAAACACCACAGAUUUCACUUGUAACAAAUGCGUUUUUAGCUCAAGGAUAAAAUAAACUGUACAUUUUUGAGAGCAUAGUUAUCACAAAAUGUGUGUGCGCGUGUGUUUUUUUUAUUUUUCAGUUCUCUUUUCAAACAUAAAACUAUUGUACGCUUGUAAAUUUCAACGGAGGUUAUUCUUGAAGAUCAGAGACGGACUGAGAUGAAAAACAUUGUUCACUUAAGUAAUCGUUUUUAUCAGUGAGGGAAAGCGCGCAUGCUCCUGACUGAUCCAGUAUGAUCUGCCCUCACACUCUUUGCACUUUGGAACUUUUCACUUUUCCCAAGAGCUCAACCGUCACAACUAUGUUUUCUCUGUCACUGCUGAAGACAUUGAGGCAGCGCCUCCUCACCAGGCUUUCAGGAGUUUUGGGGACAGAGGGGCACUUCAGUGCAAGCUCACGCAGGCGAGGCCUCAGCAGCGGCAGCAGCAGUGGGUGGACGGGACAGGAAAGCUUGGCCCAGGAUGAUCCAGAGAUGUGGAGUCUCCUGCAGCAAGAAAAGGAUAGGCAGUGCCGAGGGCUGGAGCUCAUCGCGUCAGAGAACUUCUGCAGCCGUGCAGCCCUCGAGGCACAAGGCUCCUGUCUGAACAAUAAAUACUCUGAGGGAUACCCAGGGCAAAGGUACUACGGAGGAGCAGAAGUUGUUGAUCAGAUCGAGCUGCUGUGUCAGCAACGAGCGCUCAGUGUUUUUGGUCUGGACCCAAACCUUUGGGGUGUCAAUGUCCAGCCAUACUCAGGAUCCCCUGCAAACUUUGCAGCCUACACUGCUGUGCUGCAGCCCCAUGACCGCAUCAUGGGCCUCGAUCUCCCAGAUGGAGGACACCUCACUCACGGCUACAUGACAAACAACAAGAGAAUAUCAGCCACCUCCAUUUACUUUGAAUCCACACCGUACAAGCUGGAUCCUCAGACAGGUCUAAUUGACUAUGAAAUGUUGGAAAAGGUUGCCCGUCUCUUCAGACCUAAAGUCAUCAUUGCAGGAACCAGUGCUUAUGCUCGCCUCAUUGACUACUUCCGUAUGAAGAAGCUGUGUGAGGAGGUAAAUGCUUACCUGCUGGCUGACAUGGCUCACAUCAGCGGCCUGGUGGCAGCUGGAGCUGUUCCCUCUCCUUUUCAGCAUGCCGACUUGGUCACCACAACGACCCAUAAGUCCCUUCGUGGAUCAAGGGCGGGUAUGAUUUUCUAUCGGAAAGGCGUGCGGUCCGUGGAUGCAAAAGGCCGGAAAGUUCUCUAUGACCUGCAGGACAGAGUGAACUUUGCUGUGUUCCCAUCACUUCAAGGAGGACCACAUAAUCAUGCCAUUGCUGGAGUUGCAGUUGCCCUCAAACAGGCUUCCACUCCCAUGUUCAAAGAGUACAUCGCUCAAGUGUUGCUUAAUUCCAAAGCUAUGGCUAAUGCUUUACUGAAGAAAGGUUACACCCUUGUGUCAGGUGGAACAGACAAUCACCUGGUCUUGGUUGACCUUCGACCUCGUGGGAUAGAUGGUGCUCGAGUUGAAAGAGUCUUGGAGCUGGUCUCCAUCACCGCCAACAAGAACACCUGUCCCGGGGAUAAGAGCGCACUCACUCCAGGAGGACUCAGGCUCGGAACACCAGCUCUGACCUCACGAGGACUAAAAGAAGCCGACUUUGAAAAGGUUGUAGAUUUUAUUGAUGAAGGGAUUCAGAUUGCCUUAGACAUUAAAAAGAAAACAGGAAAUUUGGCCAGCUUCAAAUCCUUCCUGGUGGAGGACACCAACACAGUAUCCACCAUGGCAGAGGUCCGCCAGCAGGUGGAGCUGUUUGCAAGACCCUUUCCCAUGCCAGGAUUUAAGGACCAUUAAAAAUUAAUAAACAUUAGGAUACUAUUCCCCAAUGACAUUGAAGCUGUAAUAUAACUAAACCUGCAUAUUUUGAUCAUGCUUUUAUUUGCCAAUGCCUUUAUAUUUGUAAUGACACACUGAUGAUUUAUGUGCAAAAUGUUAAAAUACAUACAGAUACAAAUCCUGAUAUUUAAAAUAAAAGAAUGUGCAUUUUUAUGACAUAAAGUAAGACCUUAACAUAAUAAAUCAAGACAUCUUUGUAAUUUUUUACAUUAUAAUAAGCUUAUUUUAAUUAAUGCAAUGUGAGCAGCUUUAGUGUUAUGGGAGAUGUCACCAUUCAUGUGUUCACUAACAAAUGGAACCUUAGAGUCCAACAUGGUUGAUUGCUGUAAGAACAGUUACUAAACUUAAAUCUACAUGAGUUCAAAUAAAGAUUUAUCUUCACAGG